GCGGACGAAAUUCACACGUAGCCUUGCAUAUUGCUGAUUCUGCUACGGUACUAUGGUUCUGUUGUCUGCGACCAAAAAGCAGUCAAUAUCCGUGGUCCGUUGAUCGCCAACUACACACAUCAGGAACUUCCGAGCAGACGACGUUGCCCCAACCAGUGCUGGGCAGGCAGACGUUUGGGGAGCAAUUGCGGCGGUCGACUCGAUUCCAUCAUUCUGUGCUUAGCGUAAACUAUUACCGGACACGCUUACUACAACCUUCUGAAACGCCUUGGAUUCUUUCCUUUGCACAGAACAUCACAAUUCCUUCCUGGACACAUUCUCUGAAGUCUUCAGAAGGAUUACCAAGUACAUGGCCACGGCCGUGCAGCAGCCAUUUCUUGGUUCCGCUCUCGUGCCCGGAUUCCAGUCUGCACACACCAGAAUGCCGAAGGAAACUCUGGGGGCUUCAUCUUUCACUGGGAAACCUCACUCAUACGUACGAUCACCGGAACUGACUCAAUCCGCAUUACCAACUGCUUCAGCAACGAAGUCACAAAACUCUACUAAAAAGAAGAAGAAAAAGUUCCCUAAAGCUAAAGUACCAUUGGAGGUGAGAAGGUCUUCAUCGACACCCCACAUGCGUGCUGCAAAUAGCGGCGAGACAGAUGCGCUGUCUCCCACUGCAGAUAAGAGACGCAAUAAGUUGGGAUACCAUCGUACGUCAGUCGCAUGCGGGCACUGUCGUCGAAGGAAAAUACGGUGCCUCCUUGCACCUGAUGAUCCACAGGGACGAUGUUCGAAUUGUAUUCGAUUGAAAAAAGAGUGUAACUUCUUCCCUGUGGAGCAGGAAUCAAGUCAACAGACUCAGAGCGCGAAGUCCGAUGUGAGCUCGAGCCUACCUUCGGCAUCCGAUCCAUCGUCACCUCAACAUAUACCGCCCAACGUUGAAGCGUCUGAAGAGUAUCACCAUUAUAACUCUUUGUCAACUCCGUCCUCUGCUGGCUUCCGAGUUGGGCCUGAUCAGCUGACUAAUAUGGAGCCCUCACGCAAUCCCACAACACCUUUUCCAAGUUUACCACAUCAGACAUUCCCAUAUCCUGACGCGAACGGCCAAUGGAACCUCCAGGGUUUUCCGGGCACAUUCUUGCCAACUGGCGGUCAUACUCAACCUUCAUCGAACGUGCAUCUUGCAUACGGUCACCAGGAUCCACAGCACUGGAAUUCUACACAAAGGUCGAUGUCAGUUGGCGAUACUGUCCAGCAAUCAUUCCCACAGCAGCUUCUAAGUCAGUCGGGCUAUGGCGACAGGCCACAACAAUACUAUCCUACUCCUCUGAAUACGGAUCUGGCUGCCUCAAUACCCGCAUCUAUGUCUGGACCAAUGACAGCACCAGUGACUAUGGCUUCUUUUACCCAACCACAGUGGUCCUACACCGGUGGCCAUAUGCCGCCAUCAGUCGCUCAUAUGCACGAUGGGUCGUAUAGCGGUGGCUGGUACAACGACACAAGCAAUCCACAGAAAAUAGAGGAAGAAGGAGUGCCGGCAACAACCCACUAUCCUGGAAAAUUUCAGAUAUCACCAUUUCCGCGCUGAACAUACGCUGCAUUCGAAGAAGAUCGAUCAUCGUUACCCCACGGAAUGUACGAACACCGUCUUGACGCACAUGCUGGGAUAUUCUUGGGGCCUUGAG